GACCUCAACUUCCACAACUCCCUUUACACGCCUCUUCCCCAGGGAAUACAAGUCACGUCUAAAUUUUAUUUCAUUUGAUAAAAAAAAGUCAUUAUAAAUUGUAUGGAAUCCCUUAAACUUUUAUAUUAUAUUCCAGUUAUUUUGCCUACGUGUACUAGGAUGCUCUGAGAAAUUUCCGUGUCAUGAUUAAUACUAACAAAUCGGGAACAUAAGCGCGUGUCGGUCGAGCACAUGUUCUCCUGUUGCACGGAUAAAUUAGAUUAUAUUUCGUAUUCUCUCGGCACUCUCCGCUUCCAAAUGGCUUUAUCCAGAAGAAAGGAAAUACCACGCUGUCAGUCAUCCAAGGUUACUCGGGAAUCACCGUGUUCAACAGCGUGUCAAACCCAGUUUAAAAGUUUCCAAAGUUUCCCACAGCGCUUGACGUGGAUCCAGAGUGUAGGAAUAACGGAGAGAGGACAUCUAUUGAUAUUAAUCACCUCGGAAGAAGUUGUAUGUAGAAGAUGUGACAAUGCCGUCUGCUGAGCAAUCACUUGUGGAACGUCUGCUGAAGCAGUCGAUUCUGACCGUCUGCAAAGAGGCAGUGGCCUACAGCCAACAGCUAGAGAUUGAUGGAAUCAUCUGCAUCUCCCCAGAAAACCAGGACAAGCAAAUCGUUGUCAAAGUUCAUGAACUUUUCAAAAAGGCCUUUGAUGGUGAAGAAAAAAUUCGGAUUGACGAUCAAGAUGAUAGCCAGAUUGUGGGGAAUUCAGAAUCAUCCCUGUACAGAAAAUCCUGCAAUGGAGAUCAAUUUAAAAAAGAGUUUGCAGAAAAUUCAAAUGACAUUUUAGGUGAGGAUUCCAACAAGACAUUCAGCAAAUUCAGUGAUGUGAUAAGUGAGAGGAACAGUACGUAUGAGGAGAAUGAAGACUCGGAGAGUUGCCAUAGCGAUGACACCAGCAUGGAGACGGAGGGAAUUGGAGCCGAGAAUGACGAGGAAUCUUCAAUGUCUGCCUCAGUCAUCAAAAAGCCAAUGAUGAGUAGAAUCAUAGCUCCAAAGCUCUCCAAUCAGAGAGGUAAAACAUCACGCCAAAAAACACAAACAAAUUCCAAGAAAAAUAAUUCAGUAAAGAAUGAAGAAGAUGAUGUGCCUGGGUAUAUUUACAACAGUGAAGCUCCAAAAGCCGACAUAAAGCCAGUUAAAGAUGUAGAGUGCAAGCGCUGCUACCAGGUGCUUCCAGACGGACCAUCAUUUGAGAAUCACAACCUGAAUCAACACAAUGUCUACACUUGCCUGGUCUGUUACAACACUUUCACUUGUCGCAAUAACAUGAAACGCCACAUGAGGCUACACACUGGAUAUAAACCAUACCAGUGUACUCUGUGUUCUGAGAGCUUCACCCGAAAAGACGACAUUAAAAGACACCUCAUCAAACACAACUACAACAAGCCAUUCAGGUGCAACCUGUGUAACAAAGGCUACAUGGAUCGAAAAACAAUCAAAAACCACAUGAAGAAAGAGCAUGCCACAAAACUGCUACACUGCUGCCCCACUUGUGGUGAGAGCUUCAAUGAUGUCAUCAAAUUUCAGAAACAUAAGAAGAGUCACCCAGAACUAAUGAUAUACCAGUGCUCAAUCUGUAACUUCUCAGGAUCAAAUCCCCUCAUGUAUAACAAGCACAUGCUGGUACACGGGCAAGAGAAGACUUUCAAUUGUGUUCCCUGUGGGUCUGAGUUUUCUGACCCCUUCAAGUACACUAGUCAUCUGAAAAAGCAUCGCUCAGAUGAAGAUUUCGAUUCUUAUCAGUGCUGCUUUUGUUCUCAUAUGCUUUCAACAUACGACCAACUCAUUAAGCAUGAGCACACUCACGUUCAGAGCAAGAGACACACAUGCACUGUGUGUAUGAAGCAAUUCCGUUAUCCUUCCAAUCUGCGUGAACACAUGCUAAUCCAUUCUGACAUGAGUCAUAAGAUCCGAAUCCACAUUAAAAAGGAGGUCAUUCCCUCCACACUUAACAACGAAGAAGAGGAUCUGUCCAACUCUGAAGGAAAAACUGUACCUGUCACAAUAAAACCUGAACCUGAGAUAAAUGACAAUGAAAAGGAACAAAUCUCGAGUCAGUACUGGUGUACCGAGUGUCAGACAGGCUUCGAGUCUGAGAAUGAUCUCACUGACCACAUCUCAGUUGCACACGAUGAAUCGGUCAGCAAAUCAGAGACCAGUGGACUGGAUAACUCGACUGGUGAAGAAGCUGUGAAAUACGACGACUCAUUAAAUCACCUAGAGGACAUGGAAAAUUCAAGUAGUGACAAUGAAGAAGAAAACUUUAAGAGGCCAAGAAAAACUGGAAAAAAGACUUUUAACAAGGACCCUAAUGCUACCUUUAGUCUUUUACCUGCACAUCUUAAAAACCUUUCUGAGACAAAGAGCAACAAAGCAUGCUCAGACGAAGAAGAAAUAGAGUCUGAGUGCUCUAAUCAGUCUGAGCUCACAAGUGGUGGUAAUCCUAAGAGCAUAUCCCCAAGUUUUUCGGAUACCGCGAGUCCAGCGUCCAGCAUGCCAGUGUUUCCUCAGAAUGAGCAGGACAAUCACGUCAUAAUGCCGGCCUCCUCUCCGUCACCCAUUCCUGUCUCCGUGGCCUCCAACAACUUCAGCACCGUCACCCGCUCACCGGGAUUCGAGCGCGUCAUAACUCCCGAAAUCCUCUUCAAAAUGAAGGAGCCAUUCAAGUGUGACAUUUGUCGUGGAACGUUUGAUAACUUUGAGGCCUUUGAUAAACACUGCAAUUCUAUCCAUCGGAGAUACAUUUGUGACUUUUGUGGCAAGCAAUUCACGUCAAAGCCAAAUCGAGAUCGCCAUGUGCGCUACCAUACUGGAGAAAAACCUUACAAGUGCGAGCUCUGUGGUCAAUCAUUUUUCCGUGGGGAUGACUUGAAGUAUCAUAGAACAACUCGCCAUUCUGAUUUCUUUACCUUCAACUGCAGCAAAUGCAGAAUGACAUUUGCAUGGGCAAAAGAUUUAGAAAAACACUUGUUGAAGUGUCAUCGUUGAAUUUUAACAUUUGUAUUAAUUUUUUUUAAUUUUUAAAUCAGAAUACAUUAACUUUUUAUUCUAUUGUGCUGAACAGACCAGUUUGAAAUGAAAUUUGGCAUGUUAUGACUACCCUUUCCUUUUAUCCUCCUUUGGAGAAGCUUAAUAUAUUAAACAUUCUAAAAUAAUGCCUAUGCAUGAAUGCAAAAUUUAGGACAGGUGAUAAUUUCUGAAAGUUAUUCUAUUUAAUUUAGAUUUCAAAAAUUGUUUUUGGUUUUUAUAUAGGAACUAUAAAUAACAAAUUGAAAUAUGAGGCUGUGGAAGUAAGAUUAAUCCAAAAAUCUAUGCAACCAGGUAAUUCAUUGUCAGACAGGUAAAUAAUUCCACUUUUAGAGGUAAACUGGAAGUACAGGUAUCUGUGAAUGAAUACUGAAGGUUGCUUGUGUUUUAUACUUUGUGUUUCUAUGCAGUUCUGUCCUUGAAUAUUGUAUGCACUGAAGAUCCUUAGCAGGAAGAAGUAGACAUGCCUGUCGAGAAAAUAAAAUGCAAAACAGAAAUUUAUAGGUGAAUUCCAGUAGAAAAAUCCCUGGGAAAUAAAGCUAGUUUCAGAUCCUUUUUACCUGACCAAGCACAAUUUUUUAUUGUGAAGUCACACUACAAUAAACUGCACCUUUGCAUGGGAUUUAAAUCCUGACCCAACAUUGACAUUCGGAAUUUCCAGUGUUUUUUUUAUGAGAUAAAAUGAUCGGUCCUCCUGGUAUUUAGAACGUGGGUUUGAAUAUUCUGCGAAUUUAAAUCAUGUUUGUUGAAAAAGAGGGCAUAUAUGCACUAGAAAAAUAUGAAUGUAAUAAACAGUUCAGUGAAUGAAUUCUUUUUUGCAUUUAUCCCAUUUUGUUUUAUGUAUAACCAGAAUUUUAAUUUUUUUUUAUUUCUGAACAUGUUGCAUAAUCUUGAUUGUAACAGAAUGUAUUCCAGGUUCAUUAUGAAAGUGCCUUACAAAUGGAUAUUCUUAUUUCAUGUAUACAAAUAAAGGAAUAAAAUGUUAUU